UUGAGCUGCAGGAUCCCACUCCUGGAUUUCACCAUGUGGGGGUUCCUUCUUUGUCACCUUGUGGCCUUGGCCGCAUGUGCCCAUAUCAGUUAUGAGCCUGGCUUGAACCCUAAGAAAACCUAUGAGUACAGAUAUGAGGGAAUGGUGAAUAUUGGGCGUGGCAUGCCAAACCUUGCAGAGUCUGGUGUGAGACUUGUGUGCAAAGUCAAGAUCAUUGGUGUGUCUGCACAUACAUUCCUUCUCCGGGUUUCAAACUUGAACUUCGAGGAGUUCAAUGGCAUCCCAGGGAAGAAUGCAUUUGAAGCCUCACCAAAGCUUACCAAACGGAUUGCUGCCGAGCUCAGCAAACCCUUCAUGUUCGAGUACGCCAAGGGACGGGUUGGUGACAUUCGCACCUCUGCUGAAAUAUCUGACACCAUCGUCAAUAUUGUGAGAGGCAUACUUGGGUUCUUCCAAGUCACAGUCAAGACCACCCAAAGAGUGUAUGAGCUUGAGGAGAUCGGGAUCCAUGGAUUGUGCCAGAGUACGUAUGCAAAUGAGGAGGAUGAAAACUCCCAAGAAUUGUCAGUCACCCAAAUUGUUGACAUUAAUAACUGCAAAAAAAAGGCAGCCAUUUGCAGAGGAAUGGCACUUGCUGUCGACAACAAACUUUCCAAAGAGAGAGGUGACUCCGUCAUUUCAACAGUGAGAUAUGUCUACACAGUGAAACCAACAGUUGACGGAGGCCUGAUCAAGAAGGCUCAUGCAUUGGAGCGCCAGCAUUUCUCCCCAUUCAACGUGAAAGGGGGGAACUCCAAACUGCAAGCCAAGAAAGAGCUUGUGCUGCUCAGUGUAACUGACACAGUGGUGACCCCUGCUGUUGGUCCCAUGAUUAGCCGAGGGAAUCUAGUUUACAAGUUUGUGAAAGUGUUGGCCCAAAUCCCCAUUUUGAUGAAGAAGUUGGAUGAUCCAGUGCACAAGAUUGCAGACAUGAUCAAACGUUUGGCCCAAGCGAACAUCUACCAGACGGACAGUGCAACAAGUGAGGAUGUUGUUGUUCUUUUCCAACUCCUGCGUGUGACAUCGCUAGAAAACCACGAGGUUCUGUGGAAACAGCUCUCAGGGAAUGAUGAACACAGACGGUGGCUUUUGGACACGAUUGUUGAAGUUGCAGAUGCAAGAGUCCUCAAAUUCCUGAAGAACAGAUUCAAAGCCGGUGAUGUAUCAGCCAACGAGGCUGGACAAACACUUCUGAUCGCAUUUAACCAUUUAGCAGCAGAGACUGACUUGAUGGAGAUGGCCAAGGAGUUUCUGUCCAUGCCCUUCAGUAAGUCCCACCCAAUGCUGUGGAACACGGUGGUGUUGUCCUAUGGAUCACUGGUCUACAGGUACUGUACCUAUGAGUAUGGUCCGUCUUGCCCGGUGGCAGUUGUUCAGCCCCUGUUGGAUCUGGUGAUCGAUGGCCUGAGGAGAAACAAUGAAUUGGACAUGGUGCUAGCCCUGAAGGCCAUUGGGAAUGCAGGCCACCCCUCCAGCAUUAAGACCAUCAGGCGCUUCCUCCCCGGAGUGUCUGCCGCUCCUGUGACCCUCCCAGCCCGCGUGCUAAGUGCAGCCGUGCAGUCUCUGAGACACCUGGCAGUCAGAGACCCCCACAGCGUCCAGGACAUCACAGUGAGCCUGUUUGUGCAGAGGCACCUUCCCACUGAGAUCCGUAUGCUGGCAUGUAUGAUUCUGUUUGAAACUAAGCCACCUUUGGCUUUGGUGUCUACAGUGACUGCAUUCCUAUUGGAAGAGGCUGACAUGCAUGUGGCUAGCUUUUCUUACUCUCUCAUUGGGAGCAUUGCCAAAUCAAGCACUCCGGACAACCACUUCCUCUCAACAGCCUGCAAUGUCGCUGUGAAAAUCCUGGCCCCUAAAUUUGGUCGUGUCAGUUACCACUACAGCAAAGCUAUGCACCUAGAUUGGUUUAAUGACGACUUCUUGAUUGGUACAGCCACUGAGAUCUUAAUGCUGAAAAAUGCUGCAAGCUACAUCCCAACAGAAAUAAUGACUAAAGGGAAAUUCCAUUUCAUUGGAAAAAUAUUACAACUUGUGGAGCUUGGCUUCCGUGCUGACGGAAUUAAGGAACUGUUUAGACAGAACAUUCAAGUUUUUAACGGCCAUCUCAGCUACACUGACUUCGAGGCCAUAUUCAAAGUGCUGCAAGAUUGGAAGAAAUUGCCCGGGGAUAAGCCUUUUUUGUCUGCCUAUACACGAAUCUUUGGUCAAGAGUUCUUCUUCGCGGAUUUGAACAAUGACUUAAUUCAGAGUGUUAUCAAGACCGUCAGUCCAUCUGCAGGCAAAGAGAGCCCAGUCUGGAGAAUGAUUGAACAUCUUCAGAAGGGGAUGUCAUGGCACUGGACCAAGCCCUUCCUUAUGUUUGAGACCCGUUACAUCCAAGCCACCUCCCUUGGUCUCCCACUGGAAAUCAGCAAAUAUUAUAACACAGUAACAACCAUUACCGUCAAUGCUAAGGCUGAAAUCAGCCCACCACUGACUGAUCGCCUGGGACAACUGUUAACCUCAGAUGUUUCACUAGUGACUGAUGGAUUUGCUGGUUUCUCAAAGGACCAAUUUGUCUUCCAUGGGAUAAACACUGACAUUUUCCAGUGUGGUGCGGAACUGAAGAGUAAAACAGUAGUUGCCAUGCCAUGGGAAUUCAGCAUGAAAAUGAACGUCAAACAAAAAACAUUUGAAAUUGACCUUCCUGCUUGCCAAAAGGAGACUAAACUUUUCUCAGUCAAGUUUGACGUAUAUGCGGUCUCAAGGAAUAUUGAGGAGCCAUCACGUGCUAAAAUGACCCCAAUGAUGCCUGACUCUGUUGAGGCUAAUAAGGAUAUAGAGCCACCUAAGCAAAGAUAUUUGACCUCUGGACAAAAGAUUGUAAAAUUGGACAUUUACCAUCCACAAGUAAAGGUGUGUGCAGAGGCUAACAUCUAUGGGGCAGUUGUCUGUGUUGAGUUUGAGGCAAUGAGAUCACACUACAUUGAUGAAUACCCCCUUUACUACUUCUUGGGAUACACCAACUUUGCAUGUACAAUUCAACCAGUCCAGUCCAACAAACCUGUUGACAAGAUUCACAUUGAGAUGAACGCCAGCCCAACCGAGUACCCAGUUAGUGUCCGCCACCUGCUUGACACCCUGCAGAAGCUUUCCAAGUACGCAACCAAGAGUUUCCAUCACUCCUCUAGUUCCUCAAGCAGCAGAACGUCUCAUCAAGCAAGCUUCAAAGCCAAAGAAGCUUCUGCUUCUGAGGCUUGGAAUGCCAAUUCUGAACCAGUGUUCACCAUCAAGGUUCUGGCCAUGAGUGGCAACACAAAGCCAGAGGGUUACGAAGCAGCUGCUUUCUACACCCCUGCUGCCCAGAUGGACAACACCCAGUUGAUCGUGUCUCAGAUUGGGGAGGAGGCCAACUGGAAGUUGUGCACGGAUGCAAAUGUGGAUAAGGUCCGGCAGGAGAAGCUAAAGAUGCACCUAAAAUGGGGAGCUGAGUGUCAGUCAUAUGAGAUGUCAAUGAAAACUGCCACUGCACAUCUGCCUGGGUCCAGACCCACUCUGAAGGCCAAGAUUCACUGGAAGACUGUUCCAGGAUACAUGAUAGAGGUUGGAAAAAGUAUUGAGAAGUACAUUCCAGGCAUGGCAUUCCUUUUGGGGUUUUACCAGAAACAUGCCACAAAUGCCAAACAUGAAGUUUCUGCAUUAGUUGUUGCAGCAACAGCGGGCAGCAUUGCUACGACGAUCAAGCUCCCUGAUUUGACAGUAUAUCAUCAGGCGAUCGCUAUUCCAAUCCAAGUGACCGAUUUUGAGGACGGUCAACAGUUCAUGGGAAACUCAACAUUGGAGAUGCAUAAAGAGCUAUAAGAAGGACAACUAAAGGAACAGAAAUCCAUGACCAUGCAGUGAAUCUUUUCAUCAGCAAUGAGGCAAAUGGCAUACAUUUCUAAAAAGUGAAGAUCUGUAGAAGGCAGACCAUAAGUCUUAUUUGUACAAUAAGUGUUUUUGUGUUAAACUUUAAUUUGGAUAUCAUAUCUGAAAUCAAUAUUUUCAAAAGUCGACCUUUUUGCCUAUUGAUGUGAAAUAAAAUGGUAAUCUGCAUCAU